AUGAGAACGAAAAGAACCAUCGAUUCUUUUUUCAAACGAACAAAGGAUGUACGUGACCAUCAAUUGCAUCCGGUUAGUGAUAAUAUUGAAGAGGAUGUUCAUAAUACACAGCCACAACCUGAUAGGAAUAAUAAUAUUGAAAAGCCCAAUAAUAUUGAGCAUGAAAAAAAUAAUAUGUCAAAUUCUUUGAUUCGUGAUCCAGGAGAACGACCUUCAAUCUUAAGCUAUCCACGUAACCAACGUAAGACUCCGGCCUCAACGCAUAAUUUUUCUGUUAGGUGCUAUGAAGAUCUAAAAAACCAGUUAUGUCACAUAGAGAAUGUGAUAGAGAAGCAAAUGACUCAACAAGUUAUGGACAAUAGACUACGCCUUAAAGUUUCUAUUGAAACCAUUAAAUGGCUCACGUUUCAAGGAUGUGCUUUAAUAGGUCAUGAUGAACGACCUAACUCAAGAAAUCAAGGGAAUUUUCUUGAAUUAAUAAAGUUCCUUGCUUCUUAUAACAAGACUGUUGUUGAUGUUAUGUUAGAAAAUGCUCCUCAAAAUGCAAAGUACACAUCACCAGAUAUCCAAAAAGAAAUAUUACAUGUUUUAGCUACAAAUGUACAAAAAGCAAUUCGUGAUGAAAUCGGGAUGUCAAAAUUUUGUUUAAUAGUUGACGAGUCUCAAGAUGAAUCUAAGAAAGAGCAAAUGGCUAUUGUUGUGAGAUUUUUUGACCAAGAUGGGCAUGUCAAAGAAAGAUUUUUGGACUUAAUUUGUGUUAAUGAUACAACUUCAUUGACCUUGAAAAAUGAGAUACUAUGUUCUUUAUCUUAUCAUAAACUUAGUGUUCAAGAUAUCCGGGGUCAAGGAUAUGAUGGGGCUAGUAACAUGCGUGGAGAAUGGAAUGGGUUGCAAGCUUUAUUAUUAAAGGAAUGUCCAUACGCUUAUUACAUACAUUGUUUUGCACAUCAACUACAAUUGACUCUAAUUGCAGCCUCUAAAGAUGUGACUGAGGUUGGAGAAAUUGAGAGUGGAAAAGUAUUGAAUGACAUUGCUAUAAAAGGUUCUACAUCUUCUCAAAGAUGUGAUGCAGCAUAUGCACUUACACAUGCAUUAUCAUUCGAUUUUGUCAUUGUUAUGCACAUGAUGAAAGAAAUAAUCGGGAUAAUUGACAAGCUUUGCCAAACUUUACAACAAAAAUCUAUUGAUAUUGUUAAUGCUUUAUCCUUGGUUUCUGCAACAAAAAUAUUGAUUCAAAAGUUGAGAGAUGAAGGUUGGCAAUCGCUUUUGGACCAAGUGGUUUCUUUUUGUGAGAAAAAAGCAUAUAUGUCCCUAACAUAA